AUGGCAACCACCUCCUUCGCUACGCAGGCCAAUGCGCCCACCAACUACUACAAACUCCCUCAAGCGGGGCCCUCACCACCCGAGACCUACUCCCUCCACUCAAAGCACGCCUACAAGACAUCCCACGUGGAGCAGCUGGGCUCUCAAACGCCCUCCCCCACGACCAACAUCUCCCCCACCAGUAUCUCUCCGAUCAGCAACAGCUCCAACCACAAGCCACGGCAACUGCGACAGCCGCGACAACCCCUCUACACGCCUGCCGCAUUGCGACCUGCGGAAAAGCUAGCACGCCCUACCGACAUCCCAGGUCGCCCCCGUGCACCCGACACCCCACCUGCCAGCACCGAGAGCAGCUUCACCAUGCACACCGACUCUCCCCAUGCCAUGGAAUUCGCCACAGACUUCUUCCAACAACAGGGAGACUAUCACGAUGUGGACGCCAUGAGCCGUGGUCUCAGUCGUGCUUCUAGCCAUGUGAUUGACGAGGAACUUGGGGACGUGACAAGUGCCCCCACCACCGCACAUUGGAAGCCAGACGAGUCCGCCGUGGGAUGCUACAUUUGUAGCCAGUCAUUCACAUGGUUCUUCCGACGGCAUCACUGUCGACGGUGCGGGAACCUAGUUUGUGAUAACCAUAUCCGACACACRGUACCUUUGGAUCAGAACGCCCGCUAUCACCCAAAUGGACACCCAAGCAAGGCUUGCAAGGCUUGCUGGGAUGGCUGGAAGAUUGUCAAGAAGCUGCACCACUCCCGUGCCAGCAGCAUCGCCGAGAGCUCCAACAGCUCUCAAGGCACUGCCAUGCCGAUCCCCAAUGCGCCCAACAAGAGGGUCGAUAACCUCCGCAUCGGCAGCAUGGCACGAUCUGAAGGUGGCAUGGUCUGGUCGACAUUCUAA